AUGGAUUUCACUGAGGAGCACGGCGAGGCAUUGUUGCGGGGCCCUGCUCCCCAAUGCGCGGAAGAUAUCGAGGUUCAUCAGAUACCGAACUGCAAAGUCGAUGCGUCGAUUUUUCUGACCGGACCCGUAAACUGUGCGGUGGACUGUGUCGGCGCGGAACGGUAUAACACGUUAUCCCAGCGAAAUCUUCAGGCCUCUGAAGUAUUCUACGAUGAGUCAGUGGAUGUACUGGACCCGGCCAGCAGCACGGCAUUCCUUUCCAGCAGUCGGGCUUCACCAUGCUUUCUCUCUUCAGAAAUCGCACUAGCGGUUCCGAGUAUGCUGAAAGCCUCAAUCGAGGACCCUUCUUUUGCGACAGACGAAAGUUCAACACUCGUAGCUUCUUUCAACACAUCUGACGACUCGCUCACCGAGCAUCUCUACAGCUAUGGAGACGACGUCGAAAACACCUAUCUUACUUGGCAGACCCACAAUCAGACAGGAAACUCCACGCCGCCCUUUUUCCAUGCAACUCCCUAUAAUUUCUUUACUUCAUUACCAUAUCCCGAUUGUGGAGAGCUCUCAAUGCCAGAGUCUGAGGGUAAUGCGUUUGUACAUCCGGAAGAUCUCAAGGAGACUAUAUCGACGCAACUUCAUCCAGGCGGCGACAAAGGUUCCAGUGUAACUCCUCGUCGAAUUCCUCCUCCCCCCGACUCUGGGUAUGGCUCGAAGUGCCAUCCCGAUAUAUUCUCCAGUUGCCAUGAAAGAAGUAUAACCAGAGAUCUUUCUACACCUCUUAUGAACGAUUCUGAGGCAAGAACUUCGUACUCGGUCGCCAGCGCCGUUAAACGAAGCCCCGCACAACAAUACAUCAUCGAAUUAGCUAGUGGAAUACAUCAUGAACUGGUCCGGCAUUCUAGUAUCAAGGCUUGGCAAUCCCUGCCUCCGAUAUUACCAGAAGUCAUCAAGUCGUUUGCGAUUCAAAUCGGACUCAAUUCUUCGUCCCAGACCAAUAGGAGUAUCAUGUACUUCAUACAUAAACGUGGCCGGCAAAUCGGAACUCAGCUUAUGUCAAAUUUUGAGGAUGAGGCUGAUAUUGACGAGCCUCCCCGUGAGGAUACCUCAGACCAUAUGGCUGGCAUGUCUGUUGAGGAUAAGCUUAGACUCUGGAAUAGUAAGAUGGACGUGAGUUGUCCAUCACCCCCUCAGCAAGAUCGAUUUGAGGGUAUCGAGGACGCAGAAGAGGACACCCUAGGGCCGGCUGCAAUGUCUGAUUUUCGUAGCAUCGUGCUCAGCGGAAGUGCGUUUCACUGGCUUAUUGCGCGUCUGAGGAAUGAGAUGAGCUUGCAAUGGGACCAGGACAACUUCAGAAUCGACACCCGCAGGGAAAUCCGAAAGGCUAUACUUGAGUGUCUUCCAACGGGUAGAAUCAGCAAAAAGAAUCCUCCAAAAACUCAUACCGUCAAAUUUCGACUUCUCGAAUGGCCUUUCGUCGCUGCGUCGUCAUGGCAGUGUGUUGAUCUUGAGCAGGGAGUUUUCGUUAGGCGGCCGACCUUUGAGUCUCUCAUUGUUGUGUAUUGUAAAGAUGGAAGCCAGGCAAUUCCUCUCAAGAACUAUUUGGAGCAAGUAUGGCCAUCAAGCUGGGUCAGUUUGCUCAAUUUGUUAUUACCAGUCAUGCACUACUUUGAGGAUCAUAGUCCAAACAAGCCUUGCAUCGUUGAGUUGGUGCAUAGCUCUAGUGCGAGUCUGAGAGCGACCUUUGAAGGCGAACACUUGGUUGUAACGGUUCAGGGAUCCUCCUACUUAAUUGCUGAAUUCGGCGAGCAACUGGCAUGGCUCUCUGCUGCUGUUUCCCGGCACUACGAUGGAUCCAUUGCUUACCGUACUCCGGUUGUCUUUCGGCAAGAUGUUCAGGAGACGAUGUUGUCCGAGGACGUAGUGGGCUUUGACAUCACGGUGAGGGAGGAGGUGAAAGACUCGUUGACCUUGGAAGAAGUUCGCUGGACAAAGAUCCUAGACAGACGCUUUGUUGUCAUGGCAGGGUUUCCCAUCUUGAGUCGUCCGGUCAGCCUUGCCGGAAUCGAGGUUCCUUGGGGGGUCCUUCAAGAUUACAUUGGAGAGUACAAUCUCACAAUAGGAAAGGGACGUGUGCUCCUUGAAGGAACAUACAAGACUAUCGCUUUGGUCAGUGGCCAGGAGGAUGUGUAUCUUUGGCAGAACAUUUCAAAUGGCAGGAAGCCUUGCUGUCUCUCUACGGAAGGCUUGGACAUAAGGGAACCUUGGGCCUACCUACUCGCACUGCAACAAGGUCGCCACAUCUUAGACCCCAAUGAUGCACCCAUAGAUCCAGACCUCUGUCUCCACCAAAUGGACGUCGCUUCAACUCCGGACUCCAGCGAUAGGGCGCAGCAAACACUGCGAAUUGAAAACCGAUCGGGAACCUUGCGACGUGCAUCAAAUACACCAACAAUGGGAAAUAAUGACUUACGUUCCUUCAUUGACCUCACAGCAGAUGAAGGUACCCCAACUGAGCCCAGCUCUCAGGUUGAUAUCACCGAUAUUGCCAAUAAAUCAGAAACGUCAAUCGAAUCCGAUUUCCUCUCGAUGUCGGAGCUAUCGGUUGAGAUUACUAUCCCACGGUUGUCAGAAAACGACCCUAUAUUUGACGUCGUUAAAGAAGUUGCUCUUUCAUUGCUCGCUCUACACUCUUUUCAGACUCGUGGAAAAACUACCGGGGGUGGUGAUGGUUUCAGUUCAGUAACACUCGCAACAACGCAAGGACAAGCUCCACUUUCAACCGGCGGGCAACCCCUUGCCAAGGGGAAACGAAAAGCUGGAGAAGGAAUCGAAUCAGAACAAGAUAGGAAAAGGACUUGUGUUGGAAAGAAGCAGGAACUCACGCUAGCUUGUCCAUUCUGGAAGUUGGAUACCCUCAAGCAUCACAACUGUGCUAAACGAAAGCUCACUAGGGUUCGUGACGUCAAACAGCAUUUGAACAGGAACCAUACACCUAAGCACUAUUGUCAGCGCUGCUUAAGGCUCUUCGAAAACGACAUCGCCCUUCGCCAGCACGUUUCUGAUGAGACAGGCUGGUCUUGCACCCUUGCGACACCAGACUCAUUGAACGGAAUAUCACACGAACAGAGCAGGAAGCUUCAUAAAAAGUCCACCUCUUCACAAUCAGACGAGCGUCAGUGGUUUGCAAUCUGGGAGAUACUAUUUCCCGGAAAGGCAAGGCCUCGCUCUGCGUAUAUGGAUCCAGAGAUUUCCGAAGACCUUCAAGCAUUCCAAGAGCAUCUAGAUGCUCGCGCUGGGCCUGUCCUGCAUGAAGCAUUGGAGUCAGCAGGGUUGCUUCAGGGCAUUACUACCGAAGAAGAAACAAUACUCGUUCAAAGAGUGAUCAGCCAAGCACUGUUUGGAAUGCAGAGGGAGUGGCUGUCGAGCCGGACUCUGAUCUCGCAAGCCCCGAAUUCAGCAUCAUCUUUUGCUCAGACACCUCGGAGCAACAUUCAUGCGGGAACUCCGGCUGCUUCUUUAGCAGAUAGCGGUAUUGCCCUGGGACAACAUACUUCAUUCAACGUUCAACCGACCGGAUCAUACGGACCGCUACCAUUGAUUGAGGAAACUUCUACAUAUCAACCUAGCUCGGUUGUGAGCAUGCCAGAAGCCCUAACAGGCCCAUUGCUGCAUGAUUUCACCGAGCCUAUCCCUUCAAUCCUAAGCAACCUUACUACGGGACCCUUUUACUGGGGUCAGACGGAUGGAUCGUAUGAGGAGGGGCUGCCUUUGAAUAAUUUCGCUACCACAACUCAUGCCAACAUGAACUUUGCACCGCUGCUUCAUGUUGGCAUGCCGUGCUUCAACGUCGGAGGUACGGAGACUCAGACCGAAGUUACUGGGAUUCCAAGGAACCAGGAAGAGCCUCGAGUAUCACAAUCACCUACGUCGUCAUCGUCCUGA